GGCAGGGCAGGGCUGGGCUAAGAUGGCGGCGCCCGUCCUGCUGCGAGUAUCGGUGCCGCGCUGGGAGCGGGUGGCCCGCUACGCCGUGUGCCUGGCGGGCAUCGCGCUCUCCCUCUACGCCUGCCACCUGGAGCGCGAGAAGGGGCGCGACCUCCACUACCAGGCCCUCUGCGACCUCAGCGAGCGCGUCCGCUGCUCCGCCGCCAUCGCCUCCAGAUGGGGUCGAGGGUUCGGCCUGCUGGGCUCCAUAUUUGGGAAGGACAGUGCAAUAAACCAGCCGAACAGUGUUUUCGGACUUGUGUUUUAUGUACUACAGAUGCUACUUGGUAUGACGGCAAGUGCAGUUGCAGCGCUAGUCCUGAUGAUGUCCUCCAUAGUGUCUGUAAUAGGAUCGUUGUACCUGGCCUACAUUCUGUACUUUGUGCUGAAGGAAUUCUGCAUUAUCUGCGUUGUCACGUACUUGCUGAACUUCAUUCUCUUUAUCAUCAACUACAAACGACUAGUUUACUUGAACGAGGCCUGGAAACGCCAGCUCCUCCCUAAGCAGGAUUAACUUUUGGCUGAUGAAUCUGAAGACCCAACUUCCACUUGUUUAUUUCACAGCAAAAGAGGAACUUAUUUUUUUUUAUUCUUCAUAUCGGACGCUUUUCCCAAGAAUCAUAACUGGUUUAAUGACAACAAAUGAGGAAGGAGCCCCCUAAAUAACUUCUGUACUAACCUCCAAGUCGGUAUGGUGAGGAAUCGGCUGAGGAAGUUCUAAUCCAAUCAGAGAUGAGCUUUAACUCUACUUUGAUGGAGUUUCUUAGCUGCAAAUUCUUAACUCUUUCCUGUCUUCCCCAUUCCCUCCCCCCUCCCCCCAAUAUUUAAAGUUGGAAACACUUGCUAGGAAGUACUUUAUGCGUGCAUAAAUUCAAGUUUCGGGGGUCUAACGGAAAGACAUGAUCAUGAUAACUUUAUUCUAGACUUUAGAGGUACCAUAUGGAGAUGUUGCUGUGUUUACAUUAUGUGUGUGUGUAGCUGAUGGGAUUUGAAAAGCAUAGGUGCGACUAGAACGUUUGUCAUGUAAAGCUAGAAAGGGCUGGCUGUAUCUUUGCCAAACCAGAAGCUCGUCACGAGCCAGAUGGUUUUGUUUAGAAGCGUAGUGGCCCGAAGAAUCACUUGUCCUCUUGUUGGGAGAUUAUUUGAAAAAAGGUUUAAAAAAAAAAGAGGAUAAAAUGAGCCCACCUCUGCAGAAGACGUAUAGCGAGCUGAGAUUCCCUGUGUGUUUGUGCGUGUGUAUACACAUGCCUAUCUCUCUGUGACGAGACACAAAUUGAUGCAGACUGUUGUAUGUGUUCCAAAAGUGGUCGAACCCUUUCAGGUUCCAUGUGUUGUGGCCAGCAAAAAAAUUUCUUUUCUGAGGAUUCUGCAAAAGGCGGUUUGGCCUGAACGGUGGCUGGGGGGGUCGCGGGUCGGUGGGAAGGGGGGUAUUUGUAGUAGAAGAGACCUCAUUAUUAAAGAGGACAUGUUGUCUGAGUGGAAUUCAGGGACAAAACUGGUCGCUAUAUUGAAACCAGUGUCAGGCGGCCAGACAGUAUUACCAGUUCGAUUAAUGCUUCAAGCUGCUGUGUAGAACUUGACUCUUACACUGGAUCCCAGUAACUUACUGGAAAACUGAUGCACUGUUCGAGCAUCACCUGUGGUGAAGCCUUCCCCCCCCAUUAGCCCCACUGAAACUAAGAGAGCAGCUGCUUAAGAAAACCAAGCCCUUGGGCAAUUUCCCUUCCUUUCAGUGCAGUCAGUUGAGGAAUACUUCAUUACAGGUGAAGCCCAAAGAGACCUAGUGAUUCAAGAGCCUUGAUACUUACAUAGGAGAGACUGGAUGGAUGUGUAUCAACUCCCCCCCCCCUGCCCAAGUGGCAUGUGAGGGCAGUGUGUGUCUACGUCGGGGAGUGUGAAAGGAAAUAAGUAGGCAAAUGACUUGGAAAUGAGUGGGAUGUUUGGGAUUCAAUCACGGUUCUUGACAGGACACGUUCAAGUAAAUUGCGCAUCACUGUGUUGUUUUUAGCUCCCCCCCCCUCCCAGUCUGUGUCAUCCUGAAAUGCAGUUUUUAAAAAGUGCCUUCUGUCUUUUAAACGAAAAACAAAAGCAACCAAAUAUUUGGGGGUGUUUGAAAUUGACAGGCAGAAGCGUUCUUGCGUAUGCAAACAAAAACAAACCUUGGCAGUAUGUCGAAAGUGUUCUUGUGCUCCUUGCACACCGAGGGGCUGGUAGCAGCGUGACUGGAUUUCUCGGCAGGCAUGCCUAGAGGUCCCUGAUCUUGGGGGGGGGGGGGGGUGUCUGAGAAUGCCAGUUCAUCCCUUUGGCACCCUGUAACUUGCUAGUGUUUGAUGCUGUGCUGAUACCACCCAUGGCUGGUGGGGACCGGCACAGACAUGGUGGGCCCUGCAGCUGGCUUGUGCUCUUGCCGGUGUGGUAGUUUAUGGAGAGAGGCUCCCCGCCUUUCCUUGGGGUGCUUCCACAGCACUGUACCCAGCUGGCUGAGCCCACAGGCUUUCUCUAGUGAGUUUUGACGCGGGACUUAGCGCAGUUGGCGCAGGAUUUAAUAGAGAAGACUUUGCAGGUUGAAAAGGUUACGGAGGACAGUAGCAGCAAUGGGCUCUGGCUGUGGCUACAGACACGCAUGCAGAGCUCCCCUCCAGUGUGUAGCAACGCUGCGGCAUUCCUGCAGGUCUUCUAGGAGUGCUUUGGGGUUUUUUUGCAGCAGUAGAGGGAAAGGAGGUCACUGCAAUUUCUUGUUCCUUCUUGCAGCAGCAGAAAUAACACAGAUAGCUCUGAAGGGUGAGCGGGUGAUGGUAGUGGCACUGAGAUAGCAGCUCAGAGUGCCUGCAACGGUUGUUGGAACUGCGUGGCUGCUGCAGUCAUCCGGAGGCUCCUUGCUACACGUAGUGCCUGGUUAGAGCUCCCAGGCAAGCCAGUCUUUGGGAUUAAUAUGUGCAGGGCUGGUCAUUCUGCCCAGGUGGCCCACGCAGUCUCUCGGAGGCACUGAAAAGCAACACAUCUGAGCUACAUUAAGAUCUGAGAGUCGGGAGCGGGUCUGACAAUUUGCCAAGAGUCUUGGGGGUGCACAUGUAGGGUUAGAAGGGGCACCAGGAUAUCCAGGGCCAGCUCCGACUGUAUCUAAACAAUGCCCUGUCCUCAUAUUGAUGCCAAAAUGUGAAUCCUGCCAUUUCCUCAUUGGCAGUCCUGGAUAUCCUCUUGCCUUUGUAUCUGUCAGGAGCUAGCUUGUCCAAGCCCUCCCUCUAAAAAAAUUUCUGUUCAGUCCGACAUUUCUUCCUUGUGAGCUUCUGUAUGAAAACCCAGUUUCGAUGUACUGUAAGGAAAGAAAAACGUGAAUUCAACGUCGGUGUUAACAAAAUGUUCUUGUAUCAGUGUCUUCAGUGAAAACAGCCUCCACCCUGGAUGACUUUUCAACAGUAUUGAAAUGUCUGCCAAAAUUUGUCCUUUUUUUUUAACCUUGGGAUGGGAGUGGAGUGGAAGGGGGUGGUGGAAGGAACCCUGUAAACCAGUGCAUGUUAUAAUACAUAUUAUAACACUAAACCUGCUUGUCUUUGUCAGAAGCGUUUCAAUAUAUCUUUGUGUUGAUAAAGAGUACAUUUAAUGCUUGGGUUGAAUUUUAAAAUCAGAGGAAGGGUGGGUGGGGGUAGAACCUUUUGUAGUAUUUCCUGGGGGACCACCAAGGUUUUACCUUCACCAGUUGGGAAGAUACCACACCAUGGGUUGGAAUUUUUUUACUUUAAAACAUUCCUGUAAUGGUUAAAUAUUUUGGACAUAUCCAAGGAUGAAACAAAACAGGUGUUUUUUGGAUUGCAGUCUCUGCCAGAUCGGAACAGUCAACCGUAAGCACUUGUCAGAUACACUGAGGUGGGAGUGGGGGACAUUCCCUCACUUUCCCACUUGGGUCUACUCCUGCAGCUGGCAAAUCUUGUUGCUAUUUGAGCGUUCUGCCUGGUAAUUUCACAUGGCAAGCUGAACCUUGAUUUUAAUUUAAUUUUGUUUUUUUCAGGUUGUCUGUUCUGUCCCCUCGCCCCUUCUACUCAAGUUAAAAAGAACAAGGAGUUUGGCAGGAAAAAUCUUUUAGCCCUUGAGCGUUUUUUUUGUUUGUUUAGGAGGGAUCUUGUCUCUGCGCAGAAGCAGAAUAAAUGACACCCCCCCCCACACACACACACAAAUAACCACACACCUCUUGGGUACUGGUUCCCCUCCUUGCUUGCUGGUUGCGGGUUUCAAGAGAUGAGGAAGAGCGGCAGAACAGCUGCUCCCUGACACCCUUAAGCUGUGUCCCUUUUAGAGUACUGUAAUUUUUGCUGGAGAGGAGGAGGGGAAGGCUGUCAGUACAGGGGCCUCUCUUUUGGUUGGAUGGGGUCCAGCCCCUCCAACGAUGAUCCCUGCUUGCCUCAUUGCUGCAUUUAUGCUGCAGCUUUGAGGAUAACUGCAAGGAAUGCGGGAGGAGGAGUUGGUUGGGGGCCCUUAAAGAAAGUGCUGUGAAUGGGGUGCCUAUUUGACCCCAUUUGGCCAUUGCCAGCCUGUUUUGUGGGGAGGACAGUCAAGAAACAGCUUUCCUCCAUCAGCUUGUGGGCCCUUCCCACAAAAACUCCAUCUUGUACAUCACCCUUGAAGGGUCAUGAUCGCUGUAGUCCCCUCUUGCAGAUGGUCACCUGUCGAAAACAGCUUUUUGACCAUUACUAGUAAUAACCCGAGCAGUUACGUGCCAGGAGCUGGCCUGCCAGAGGUCAAUGUGGUCUCCCCAUCUGGUGACUCAUAGUAGGCUACCUAAGCCUGUACAGCUCAUCCAUGGGCUGGUUAGUCAUUGGGGAGAAGUUAGAUGUGCUCGGGAGUGUUGCUUUUCCUAGAAGGAAGUACCAGUGGGUCCAUUCACAUUCCUUGCAGGACCUUAGAAAUUUUGGGAUAGCAAGGUCAUCUUUCAUAGGUCGGACUGGAUUAUAGUUGCCUUGCAUUAGGAGAGAGUGCCCGUAGGUGCAGGUGGCUCGCCAUUCCCAGUAUUAAUCUUUCUGCCCAACUUCCAAACAUGCCAGGAUUGGAUGAUGGUUCAAAAGGGCAUUGCUUUGGGGGGAGGGGAAGCUGCAGAGUGUGAUUCACAGGCCAGGAAAACAGCCUUAUAAGGUUGGCACCUUAAGGAGAGAUUGCUCCAAACACCCUCGUAUGAGUCACAUUCCCUUCUGAAGAUUCUCUGUUAUUUUGCUGCUCAGUGUUGGGACAUCUCUGAUCCCACAAAGGUGGUGGUGGAGAGUCAAGCAAUACUCUGGCUCCUGAUCCGUGUGGAGAUGUUCUAAGUUAAAAACCUGAUUAAACUUUGCUUGGGUUCUGCCAAUGUUGUUUAACCAUGACCUAGCAAAAUUAAUCCACUGCAGGUAAAAUAGUCCGUUACCAUUUUUAUUAUUAUUUUUUUAAAAAAAACUGUAUUAAGCAUGGCCUAAGUAUUUGGUGUGUGUGUGUGUGUGUUCUGUCUCGUCUGUUCCAUCUGACAAAUUUUUAUCACGUGCUUUGAACUCCAAACCGUCUCUCUGUCAAGCGGAGUCGUUCCAUUUUUAUGUUCGACAUAAAGACUACAAAGUUCUGAGGUCUAGAAUAGAGUUUUGCUAAUGGGGAAUUAAAAACACAUGUAAAUAAUGUAAGAAUGUUUAUUUGUUGCACAUAACUUUUUUGGUAUAAAAAUAAAUGUAGAAAUUA